AUGCGGAACAUGGAGGCGGUGUGCCGUGAGUUUUUUGCGCUGCCCGCAGCGGACAAGGCCGCCUUCUACUCGGGGGACAAUAACAUGACCAACCGAUACUUCUCCGGCAGCACCUAUGAGACCGGCGGCAACAAGUACUGGAUGGACUGUCUCCGCCUCGGUUGCAGCAUCCCCGUCGGCGACAGCAAGAACAACUGGCCCCAUAAGCCUCCAAACCUCAGAGAGGUUAUCAAGAAGUAUACCAUGCUGACUAGAGACGUGGGGAUGGAGCUGCUACGGCUACUGUGCGAGGCCAUGGGGCUCCGGCCUGACUAUUUUGAGGGGGACCUCGGCGGCGCCGAUGUGAUCGUCACCCUCAACCACUACCCAGCAUGUCCAGACCCGACCACAAUGAUUGGUCUACCGCCACACUGCGAUAGGAACCUCCUCAGUCUCCUCCUCCCCAGCGCAGUUCCUGGCCUUCAAAUCUCCCACAAUGGCAAAUGGAUGAACGUCGAGCCCCUGCCCAACGCCUUCAUCGUCAACUUUGGCCUUCCGCUCGAGGUCGUGACCAACGGCAUGCUUAAGAGCAUCGAGCACCGGGUGGUGACCAACGCGACACUGCCACGCAUGUCGUUAGGGACAUGCAUCACUCCUACCAAAGACUGCCUCAUCGCUCCCGCGGAGGAGUUCCUUAGCGACGAAAACCCACCGCGGUACCGUGGUGUCACAUACCGCGAGUUCAAUCACAUCCACAGCAUCGCCAAGUUUGGGUUAUCCAGCGUGCGCACCACACGACAAACCUGA